GAAGAGGAUGUACGAAUAUUGCAGGAGGUAAAAGCCGAGGCGGAAAGCAUAAAUAGAUCAUGCGAAGAGUUUGGUGUUGAGAUAUACGAGGUGAACCCAGACGGUCACUGUCUAUUUUCGGCCAUCGCAGACCAAUUAUCAUUAUUGGAGAUACUGCCCAAAUCAUCUAUGCCUCAGUUUGCCAUCACUCGCAGAGCAGCUGCCUCUUACAUGCGUGCACACGACGACGAUUUCAUCCCGUUUAUACCAUCAAUAGAGGGCGAAGACGCUUUAGAUGCAGCAACAGACACAGGACUUCUGACACCCGAGAAAUUCGUAGAGUAUUGUAAUGCAGUGGCGAGCACCGCUCUCUGGGGAGGCGAACCCGAAAUUCUGGCCUUGGCAAGAAAGUAUGAAAUCAAAAUAGUCGUAGUGCAGGCUGGGCCCCCGGCGGUAGUUGUUCAUAGCCCCCAUCCAGGAGUAGACGAGGAUCCAUACGGACGAGCAGUUCGUAUUAGCUAUCAUAGAAGAAUGUAUGGACUUGGCGAACACUAUAACUCGCUACGGCCGAAGACAUCCACAAUCGAUAGGCUCGAAAGUCUCCUUUAA